AUGGCGAUCCUUUGUUUUAUCACGGAAAUCGCCUCUACUGUGGAGUUUACCAACGUCAAAUGCACUUCAGCCGACGUUAAAUUUAUUAAUUAUGAAGUCUGCCGUUUAAAAUCUGUGAACAGGACCUACAAAUAUGUUUCUAUAAAAUUGAGACUUUACAAGCUACCGAUUACUAAUGCCACAAUAAACAUAUCAGUGUUCAAGCGAUUAAAUGGCUAUAAACCUUUUCUGUAUAAUGUUUCUGUGGAUGCCUGUCGAUUUUUGCAAAUACAAAAAUCCAACCCUGUCGUGAAAUAUCUUUUCAACUUAUUUCUCACGCAAUCAAAUGUAAAACUCCCAGGUUGUCCUUUCAAUGACUAUAUUACUGUGGAUAAAGUUACUACCAACUUUCUAAAUAACCAGUUCACAAAUGUUCUACCAGUUCCAGAAGGCGACUACCUUUUUGCAUUCAAAUGGUUCUCUGAAAAUAUUUAUCGUUCUUCGGUAAAAGUGUAUUCAACAAUUUCGUGAGAGCUAGCGUACACUCUAAGUAUUUUCCCGAUUGUACUUAAGC